UUGCAACAGUGUGUGUGAGAGUUAGUUUUGGACAGGUAUUUUUCGGAAUGUUUACAAAAAUUUAAUGGUCCAAUGCAAAAUUGUGCACAGUGAAUAAUGGAAAGUAAAACGGAUGUAUCGAAGAAGGAUCAGAAAGACCAAAUCUACAACCUAUGGAUAAAGUACACCACUAAGAACGACGAAAUUUACUUCCGGCAAUUCAUACUUGGCUUCGUUCAAAUAUGGGAAGAUCAAUUGAACAUACAAUUUGACAAUCCUCCAACAUCAAAUGCAAUAAAAAAUGAUUCGGGACCUCACUUAAGUCGUCUACCCGACGAAUUACUACCAGCAAUAGGAAAGUUCUUGAUCAUUUCCAAAGACAAUGUCCAGCAAUUGAAAAGUAUACCAACAAAGGAACUAGACGAUACGACAUUAUUAAUUAAGUGCUUAACUGUGAUUUGUCGACAUUUCGAUAACAUUCAAUCAAUAGCAAAUUAUGAGUACAUCAGCAGUGUAAUAUUGAUUGCGGUGACCACCAUACAAUCAUUUCUCAAAGCGAAUACUGAGCCUAACUCACACGAGAUUGAUUACAUAAAAUCAUUUUGCCAUUUAAUUGAAGUCAUCUACGAUCCGUAUCUUACGUGGAGAAAUUUUGUACAUAGAAAUCAUGCCGAUUACAAGCGAACGAUUGGCAAUACAGUUCAAUUGCAUGUUGAACUGAUACCGUUCGUGUAUGAUUGCUUCCAGUCAGACAAUAUUUUAGGUUUACAAGAUGUAGGAAUAAAUUUAAUUCAUAUGCUGGGGGCAGUGAUUUCGGGAUCUCAGAAUUCAAUGAUAUCCCAUGUGCCUCCCCGUGACGAUGGGAGGAGUUUUCAUGGUGGUAAUACGCAUAAUGGUAUGCGUGCAAUCUGCCCGGCCACCGUUACAAUGCUAAUAAGUUUAAUUUCAAAAUGGCAUUGUGAUGCAGAGUUACGAAAAGCUAGUCUCAAAUGUUACGCAUUAAUGGCAAUUGUACUUCAACGGUCUAGUCCAGUUGAGCGCCAAAUCGAUCUAGUCACAAUAUGUCAGUCAUACAUUGACGCUAUACAGGCUCUAGUAAAAACCGACCAUUUUCUGCCAAAAGACAGCGAUGAUCGAGAAGACUUGUACAUGGACUGUACUGCUCUGACAUCAAUCAUUGACAAUGUGGAAAUGUUCCUAUGCGAUCCGCAGAGCAGGCAACACAUGUUCAACUAUUUCGCAGAGACAAAUUAUUUUGCAAGCAUUUCAACAGUUCCCAUUAGUGUGAAGGGUUGGAAUAUUGACACCCAAGCAUUGGCCAUAUCGAUCGUAAGAUCAAUGUACCGUCUAACAUCCGAAACGACUUCCAUAGCGGCGAUUCAGAAACUGUCGCCCAGCAUACCCACUCUGUUCAAUGGACUGAAAGUAUUGGGUAAACCGACACAAAAAUUGAUUAAAAUGUGCAUCAAUUUGGCUUACAACGAGGAACGUGGUGAGAUUAUCUACCCUGAAGUAAUGGUCAAAUUGCUGGAAUGGAUCAAAGACAUGACUGACGAUGAGCAAAUAUUUCUGGCCGAAUCGAUUCUGAACAUUUGUGCCGAAAAUUUGAAUUGCAAAAGUGUGGUAUCGACCGAGAAAAUCAUUAAAACAAUCAGUCAGACGUUACAGCAUUGCAGUGCAUUGAAUGCAAAAUGUGCCAUCGAUUUGAUCAAGCUGCUGGAAGAACUAGGUAAAUUCAGCAUCACUGCGAUGGAAUUGAAAAGGGUUCUGUGGCUGCUACGGGAGGAGGAAAAUUUUGACUACCGCAAGCAAUUGCUUCAGUCGCUGGCAUCGAUAUCGCUGCACAACAUGCCUAAUUCGAUCGUUUGCAACGAAUUCCUCGACAUUCAAAUCGACACCGAUGGUAUUACAGUGCCGGAUAUUCGAAAAUGGAUAACUUCCGGCGCGUAUGGUUUCAUAUUUCACGGCUGGGUCAGACUCAAUGACACUAUCACACCUAACGCCAACAAUACACGAUCCAACGAGAAUAAAUGCUUUCGUCGAAUCAUUUUGAGUUUGCUGUCGAAUCAGGGAACCGGAUUCGAAGUAUUUGUUGACAACGGUGGGAAACUGGUCGUUGGAGUUUUGACGAAAAAAGAAUUUCUGGCAACGACCGCUUCAAUGACGUCAAUUUUGGAUAAUAAGUGGCAUCUAAUCACCGUAUGCGUAACACCGCCGAAACGGCCGUUCUCUUAUUCACAAAUAAAUAUAUUCGUCGAUGGUCACCAAAAGCUCGGAUCGACGUUAAAAGUUGGCGCUUUCACCGAACGGUUUUCCUACUGCACCAUCGGCUGUCUAUUCCAACGAUUUAGCCAACAAUCGACCGAAUUGAAAAAGUACGAGGGUGCCCAUUCUUCAACUCAAAUUGAAUCACCGAAGGGAAUGCUACCCAGUUUCAUGGAGCGUACGUUUUUUCCCCAAAUCGUCUCACAAGUUCCAAGCUAUUUUACGUUACCGAACAUGAGGAAUACGACAUCUAACGAUCCCAAUGUCAAAUGUUACCCGAUUGGUAUGCAAGACGGAGUGUUCGGUCAACCGAUUUGUUUGACCGGUCAAUUAGGAAGUGUGGUUCUUGCCGAGCCAACGACCAACGUAAAAACACUUCUCGAUGCUGGAGCAAAUUUUGCAUCGGUCAUUGCUCAAGACAUUGAACCGUCUGACCUGACAUCGAAAUUCGUUUUUUGUUAUUCACCGAAUUCAUGCUACGAUGGACUGUGCGUGGAUCUUGUGCCUGGCAACAAAUACAACGGACACGUCGUGGCCAAAUAUUGUAAAACUACAAAGAUUCAAGAUGCCAUCAACAGCAUUGGCGGAGUUAAUGCCUUGCUACCGAUUCUGGAGACGAUCAUCAAAUCCAAGGAAAAUUCGCAAAUAUUCUUCGCAACCACUAGUCCAGAGCCGAAAGAAGUGCUGCCAUCGCCAAACAAUGAAGAUUUUGCCGAUUGGGAAGUACUUGCAUCAACUACAUACACCGAAUGGAAAAUGAUUCAGAAUCCUGUGUCGUGCUUCCUCUGCCUGAUCAGAUAUUUUAUCAGCGGUCACGAGUUGAAUCAAGAGCACCUACUCAAAUCGGAUGGUAUUGCCAUUUUGUGCUCGAUGUUGAGCAAAUGCAAUGCUUUCCUGUUUGACGUCAACGUAUUGAUGUCGGUUCACUUGCUGCUGGAAUCAAUACAAAAUAUGUCCGUGCCAAAUGUUGAACUUCUGGAGAACCUAUACACUCAUUUGAUAUUCAAUUUUAAAAUUUGGUCCCGUGCACCCUUUCAGAUAACCAUCGGUCAUAUUCAGUAUUGCAACACGAUGAUCAAAGAUGAUCGAAAAUAUUUCCGUAAAAAGUUUGGCAUUCAAGCGACUCUUGAUGUGAUCAGACAACAUUACGCCGUACCGGACAAUGUAUCAGCAGAGGAUGGUAAAGCCAUCCGAUUGGCGCUCCUGGAAAUCGUCAAGUAUUACAUGCAAAAGGAGCUGAACAUAAAGGAGGUGGGAAUUAUCAUCUCCUACAUUUCGUCGGUGAAACAUGAGCAUUUGAUCAUUGAAAUGUUGGACAUGCUGCUGGCUCACAUGAACGGCAAAAAUUGCAAAGACCAAAUCUUUCUGCUGAUGCAUGAACCGCAAACGGCCGAAUUGCUAUUUUCCAUACUGACGGAUAAAUCGUAUGGUCGGGAACUGCAUGAAAGUCUGUUGAAUUUUAUUUCCGGACAGUUGCAUACCGGCAAAAUUUCCAAAAAGCACAAGUUAACCCUACGAUUGCAUGAUCCGUCGGUAUCCUGUCAAAGUUUGUAUCCGGGACUAAUAUCACAUAUGAUGCCAUUGGACUUGGAAGAGGAGACAAUUUUACAGCUCUUAGAUUUGGCUCUGUUUGACGAUUCUGCAUUCGGUUACUGUGGAGCUCUGCAUCUGAUCCAUAACCUUAGCUCGGCUGAUAUUCAUCUAAAACUUGAAAUCUCAAAGAAAAUGCUCACGACAACGUUCAACAAAUUAAAUUCACCCUUUCUCAUCGCUAAGCAGGUUGGCUGGCAAGAAUCGAUAGCUCGACUGCUGAUUAAAAAGCAAAUAACGAACAGUUACACCAAGGGCGAUCACAUCCUCGGCAAAGAUAUACAGAACAUUCCGUUCGAAGAUAAUCCAGAGUUCCUCAGCCAAAUGGACUUGAUGACAUUCGACGAGAAAACAAUGGAAUUGAGUCCACAUGAUGGCAGUAAGGAGCACAACUUGACGUUGACGGAACUACAGGCUAGCGUUACCGAGGCAGCGAAUGUAAUUGAACACGAGAUUAAAGAAAUUGCUGAAAAUGUUUCUGGAAGAGUGGCUGGAAAUAUAUCGUCGGUUUAUUCGAUCAUCCGGCAGAAAACUCAUGACAUUCACGACACAUUCGAAUCUUUGGCCAUGGGAAAUGAUCAUCAUAAAAUGAAAUCUUUCCCAUCGAUGUCCACUCAAUCAUCGAACUCUACAUCGGAAGAAAAUGUUUCCGUUAAAUCGAAUCUUCAACAAGAAGCCAUAGACUUUGAAAGCCUGAUGGCCAACACCAAUGAUACACUAACACAACGUUCACUAUCGGCAAUUGAUCAAGAAGAGCAGCUGGUUUAUUUGGUGUCGAACAUCUUAUUCACUGUGUUGUGGCGUGGUGUUGACAACAAUGGAGGGGAUUCGUGGAAGGAACGCGGUCAGGUCAUCGCAUGCAUUAAUUUGCUCGGACUGAAUAACGAACUGUACAGUUCACAUUUGACUCUGCGACUGAAAAUCUUAGAGAUGGGAAUCCAGGCUUCACUUAUUGACUUGUCAGAGUCAGGAACGCAAAAUGUUCACCAUCAACAGAAUGCAGCGCAGCUGUUACGAAUGGUGUACGAUCUGGUUGUGCUCGAUCCUAAUGAAGACGAUAUGAAAAAGUGUUCUACGAAGCUCUUGGACGGUGUUCUGGCUCUGUUGGAUGUCCUUAUGGUUUUCCAACAAACUGCCGUCGACGAUUGGACUGAAAUGAGUCGAUUGAGCUUUGGCCUACUACUGAAAUGUUCCCAGCAUCCGAAUCCCGAGAUCGUUGCCAUGGGAACAGCCAAAUUGCAUGCCCUACUGCAAAGCCGCACCUCGCAAGAUCCACAAGAGCUGAGCUACUUGAUAUUUAAUAUAAACAAGGCUCUAAACAGUGCCAUUGAAGUGGGUCACUCCGAACAGUAUUCUUUCCUAAUGCCUGUGAUGAAAGCGUUGUUGGAGAAAUCGCGCACCGUACUUAAUCUAAGUGUAAAUGUACCUGAUCUGCCGCCGACUUCGGCUGGACCGGUUUUCUUUCACGAUUUUCAAAUGUACAGUGGAAGCAAGCAGUGGACAAGUUUUAUCGAGAAGAAGAUAAAGCCACUUCACGACGGCUAUCAAUCGGAAGUAUCGUCAACUCUCUGGGAACCGCUAAAUACAUUCUGGGCAGAAUGCUAUGAAGCGUGCAAAGCUUCGUCACAGAAACGAGCCAAACAGCUGAUGGAAAGUCGCCGUAAAUUUCAACACAAAAUUUUGGUUCCAUGGCGAUUGAGACAAACCGACGAAAUUACUCGAUUGAGCAGUCAAACAUCUUCGCAAAAAAUGCUGGACAAUCGCAUCGAACGGCGAUGGAAAACAAUGAAACGUUUCCUGUACGGAUCGCGUGGCGCUUGGUGUUAUGAUUUACCUAAAGAAGAAUUCUGGCGACUGUCCCAUCAUGAAAGCGCGGCUCGAAUGAGACUGAAACUCGAGCCAUCCUUGUAUCCUGACACACACCUUGCAGCUUCUAAUUUACGUGAUAACACAUCCAACACCAAUGAAACCGUUAGUAGACGGAUCUCAACCGACUUCGGGACAUCAAUUACCCCGGCUGUUAUUCGAGAUAUUUUAACCGAAGAUGAGGUGAUAAUGUUGGAAGAGGAAAUCCGAAACAGCUCGGAGCCGCAACAGCAGGAAAUUCCAAUUGAGAAAGUUGUCAUUUCUCAGGAAUGCGAUCUGGUUACUCUAAUGACCAAAGUGAAAGGACGAUUAGAAGUGACGUCGAAACAAUUCAGUUUUGUGGACCUCAGCCAAGCUGGAGACGAUGGUGAAAACCACGACUUCAAAUUUCCAAUGACCCAAAUCAAAGAGGUUCACCUUCGCAAAUACAAUUUACGACGAAGUGCUCUGGAGGUGUUCCUGAUUGAUCAGACCAGUUACUUCCUGAAUUUCACAACCAAAACGCGAAAUAAAAUUUUUACGAAAAUUCUCAGUCUACAGCCGCCAAAUAUUUUGUACGGUUCCGGUCGAUCACCAUCGGAAUUGUUAAAGGCAUCGGGUCUGACGCAGAAGUGGGUGAACAGGGAAAUAUCAAAUUUCGAAUAUUUGAUGCAUUUGAAUACGAUUGCUGGUAGAUCGUACAAUGAUUUAAGUCAAUAUCCAGUCUUUCCAUGGAUUCUAGCCGAUUACACGAGUGAUGUAUUGGACUUGACGAAUCCGAAAAGUUUUCGCGAUUUAAGCAAACCGAUUGGGGUGGUUAAUCCGAAAAACGAAGAGGAAGUUAGAGCGAAAUACGAUGGCUUUGAAGACACUUCGGGUGGCAUACCGAAAUUCCAUUACGGCACCCAUUAUUCGAACUCGGCUGGUGUUCUGCACUAUUUGUUGCGCGUUGAACCGUUCACCUCGUUGCACAUUGAACUUCAGAGUGGGCGAUUCGAUGUGGCUGAUCGACAAUUUCAUUCAAUUCCUCAGACAUUCAAAUUGUUGAUGGACAAUCCGAACGAUGUGAAGGAACUCAUUCCGGAGUUCUUCUAUUUCCCGGAAUUUUUGAAAAAUAUGAACAAAUUUGACCUGGGAGUUUUACAAGUUACAAAGGAACGAGUGGACGAUGUAAUUCUACCACCAUGGGCCAAUACACCAGAGGAUUUUAUUAACAUUCACCGCAGAGCAUUGGAAUCGGAAUAUGUGUCGCACAAUUUGCACCAUUGGAUCGAUCUGAUAUUCGGUUACAAGCAAAAGGGACCGAGGGCCGUUGAAGCGCUGAACGUUUUUUAUUACUGUUCGUAUGAGGGAGCGGUUGAUUUGGACAAAAUCUCCAAUCCAAUAGAACGUGAAGCGGUCGAAGGCAUGAUUAACAAUUUCGGACAAACUCCAUCACAACUGUUACGUGAACCUCAUCCUCGGCGUCUCAGUCAAGACGAAACGCUGCAUAAAUUACUCAAAAUGGAAUUGAAGAAGCCAGAUGUGACCGCAUUUCUCGAUCGAAUUGUUAACGUGACAUGUGAAUUUACUAGCGACAAAGAUCCUGUAGUCUUCUUGGGAACGCCCCGCAUUCCACCACGUUCAUUUCUACAAAUUAGUCCGGAUGUUCUGGUGUCCAUUUCAAAAUCAUCGAUAUUGGGCUGCAAUUCGUGGGUGUCUCAAGACAAGGAAAAGGGAUUUCUGCUCGAAAUCGAUGCCACCACAACUAAUAUGAAGAAUAGGAAACGCCUGGCUGGUCCCUUUCAUCCGGCUAUCAAUCUUCAUUCACAACUUUUCGCUGUUAGUUUGGAUGGACGUCACGUCUAUGCCGGCGGAAUAUGGGAUGCAUCACUGAAAGUAUUCAAUGUCAGCCGUGGGAAAAAUGUAGCCUCGAUAACUCGUCAUCUCGAUGUCAUCACCUGCAUCGCCUUGGAUAACUGCGGCUCGUAUCUGGUGACUGGAUCGAAAGACUGCACAUUGAUAGUAUGGUCGUUGAUAACCACUGGUGUAAACAUUCCAUCUACUAAUUCGACAACAACAUCAUCACUUGGCCAAAUGAAUACAACCAACAGUUUAACGCCUAGACCGAUUCACACACUUUAUGGUCAUGACGAUACAAUAUCUUGUGUAUCUAUUAUGACCGAGCUAGAUUUGGUUGUCUCAGGAAGUGUGGAUGGAACAGUGAACGUUUACACGAUCAAAGAAGGACAAUUUGUUAGAACUAUACUACCAGUUGGUUGCACGGGAACGACAAUAGAAAUAACAUUCAUUUCCAUAUCGUAUCAAGGUCACAUAACAUUCUCUGCGCUCGACGACAAAUCACAUUCCGUUCAUUCGUACAGUAUUAACGGUUCGCAUUUAGGUUCAAAGUACGUUUCGGGUAGAGUUACUGGACUGACAACGGCAUCUGAUUUUCUUGUGGUUGCCGAUGAUGCCGGAGAUGUGACAAUGAGCCGAUUGUAUGGAUUGAAACCAGUAUUCGAUAUACCGCUGCAUGUUCCAAUCCAAACGGUAGUCGUGACGCCCGGCAACACUCACAUAUUGGCUCCAUUGCGUGACGGCAAAUUAGCAGUAAUUGGUAUAUCAACACCCACAUCCAAUAAGAAGCAUUCCGUUUUAAAUGUCUAAACUCAAAACGUAUAAAUCAUCGCCAAACCAUCCAACCAUCAUGUGAAUUUAUUGUAAACGCUAGUCCGACCAUUGUGGGGUUUCAUUGUCGAUCUUAUUUUGUGUAAUUCUAUGUCGACUGACUUUGAGCAAAUUUUCUUCAUUCCAAAGCCAACGACACGCGUAACAGUUUUUCAAUUGUUUCCAAUCGAGGAAAGGAAGGAAAAACAAUCGGCAAAAUUCUAAGCAGCAAACACAAAAUUGUUGUUUUGCAUUUGUGGCUUCCGGACUACGUUUCACAAUCAACGAUCAGCAAUGCAUCAAUAACAUCAAUAGAAUGAAAAAAUUUGUGUUUAGUUAAACGGAAUGUAAUUGAUUAUUGCUUUCAUUGGUGGUUUCAUAAAAAGAACAAAAUUACCGGAAGCCAUACAACCAUUCACAUCGCAUAAUGUUGUUUUGUUUGUCGAUGGUUCGAUGACUUAUUUUUGUUCUAAGUGCUUGGAAGGAAAAUUGAAAGCGAAGUAUUUUUGAAAAUGUUAGUUAAACAGAAAGUAACAUAGAGACCGAGAAGGGAGAGAGAUAUUUAUAGAGAGAGAUUAUAUUGUUAUAUACAUGCAUAGCGCGUAACCAUUUAAUAUUGAAAAAUAAUUGUGUAUUUGUAAGACUUUUUCGUUGGAAAAGCUCCACGAGAAAAAUAAAAAGUUGUUUAACAGCA